UGAAUAUUCACAAAUGUAACGUUAUAUGCCUAAAUGGGUGGGAGUGAGUUCAGACGUGCACUUCAUCUCUACUUUGGUUUCGGGGCAAAGUUUGUGGCGUUAUCGCAGCCUUUGUCAAGGCGGAGUCUUCUUUCCAGUUGUCUAAUUCAAUAAGUUUGUCUUUGACAAUAAUGGCCGACAUCGAACAAGGGCAAGAACGAACACAAGCACAAGAGAAAAGAAAAAGACGACUACUGAUGUAUAAAGCCGCGAUGAGUGGUGACUGGGAAAUGGUUAAAGAUAUAUUUAUAACAUUUCCAGAAGAAGCAAAAGCGAAGGUGAAUACACAAGGAGAGACUAUCCUCCAUAUUGCUGUUGUAGCAAUGCACACUCAUUUUGUGAAGCAAUUGGUUCAAAUAUUAAGCAAAGAAGAUUUAGCUAUGCGAAAAGCACGCAAACACAUUCAACUAGCCGAAGACGGAAGUGUACAUUCUAGUGCUGAAACUGAAAGUGGAAAUACAGCUUUUUGGUAUGCUGCAAGAUCUGGAAACUUGGAAGUUGUCCAAGUUAUGAUGGAAAAGAAUCCUGAUUUGGCUAAGAUUAGAAGUGAUGUCGAAAAAAAACUACCGAUUUGCACCGCAGCUCGUUAUGGCCAUCGGAAAAUGGUUCGAUACCUUUAUGAUGCUACCAAAGAUCAAAUGGAAGAAGAUGAUCUCAUUGAUUUGCUAAUUAAUUUGGUCCAUACUCAAAUUUACGAUGUAGCACUAGAGGUUGUAGAAGCACAUCCAUUGUUAGUCACAAAGAAGGAUGCUAGAACUCAGAAUUCAGUAUUGCAUGAAUUUGCUCGAAAAUCUCAUAUAACUUCAGUGCAAAACUCAACAAUCUUAUCAAGUUUAAACAGAUUCGGAAAGAAGAAUGUGGUGCUUCAACAAGAAAUGGAACUACUUAAAACCAUAUGGGAGAAAAUAACAACACAAGUAGAUGACAUAGACAUUAGUUAUUUGAUGUUUGGAUCAUCUGGACGGGUAAUAUUUAUUGCAGCAGAACACGGAAAUGUGGAAUUCCUAAUGAUACUUGCAGGUUCAUAUCCAGAUGUACUGUUAAAAGUGAACGAAAAUGCUCAAACAAUAUUUCAUAUAGCUGUUUUGAAACGAUUUGAGAAUAUUUUCAAGCUGAUACACGAGUUAGGUUCGAUUAAGGACCUGAUAAAUGGAUACGUUGAUGGCAAUGGGAAUAACAUGUUGCAUUUGGCUGGAUAUUUGCCAUCAUCGAACCGACUUAAUUUUACACCAGGAGCAGCUCUUCAACUUCAGCAUGAGCUGGUGUGGUUCGAGGAAGUGAUGAAGGCUAUGAGUCCACAGCUAAUAGAUGCAAAGAACUAUGAUGGGCUCACUCCUAGAGAAGUAUUCUUAGAAGAACACAAAGAAUUAAGGAAAGAAGGAGAGGAAUGGAUGCGAAACACAGCCAAUUCAUGUAUGGUAGUUGCAACACUCAUUGCAACUGUAGUUUUUGCAUCUGCUUUUACUGUACCUGGUGGCCAUGGACAGGAUAAUGGGAUUCCUAUUUUUCUUGAACUGACUACUUUCAAAGUUUUCAUAGUAUCAGAUGCAAUAUCCUUAGUUUUCUCUGUUUCUACUGUAUUAUCAUUUCUUUCUAUUCUUACUUCUCGAUACUCGAUAGACGAUUUUCGCAUGUCAUUGCCUACAAAGUUGAUUUUGGGACUCUCAUUUCUUUUCAUAUCAAUAUUAGCAAUGAUGAUAGCGUUCAUUGCAACAUUUUUCAUUAUUUUUAAACAUGGGCAACUCAAAUUUGCUUAUCCUGUUGCUGUCAUUGCUUCUGUCCCAAUAUUUUUAUUCAUUUGGCAGCAUGCACUUCUCUUUUAUCAAGUUAUUCGUUCAACUUUUAUCUCCUCCUUACUUUUCCGACCCAAUAAAAAUCGUCUCUUCCGAUUAGAAAGUCAGAAAAGUAAGAAAUCUGAUUAAUUAGUGUGUUCUUCUUCGAUCACCUUUGUGUGUUUCCUUCCCGCAGUCAUUUUGAUUGAGAUUGAUCACUUUUUAUAUGUGUCUCUUUUUCAAUAAUUUGAUAUACUAUGCUUGAUGUAAGUUGUAUACCUUAGAGCAUUGUAAUAAUUAUAAUGGAAUAAAAAUAUUAUAUGAAUAAAUGAUCCAUUUUUUUUU